UAGAAGAAGAAUAUGUUUGUUUUCUAGUCUAGCCAAAGUUAUUGGUCGAGCAAGUCCAUCUCAUGGUCAGGCUGGCUAAUGAAUGCUAAAGUUACAGAUAUACAGUAUUUUCAAUUUGUUACAUCUUCCAGGAAUUAUUAAGCUGUUUUAAAACUAUUAGUAACGUUAGGUAGAAACUUUUAGACUCGCUUCGGUAGGUGGCGCUAUAACGGGCACAGUUGUUUGCUAACUGCUAGAGAGGGGAAAAAGAAGAAGAAAAAGCAAAAGAAGAAGCAUGGCUGCUGACAUGAGAUUACCAACUAUUCAAAAGCCAGUGUCGCUAUCAGCUUCUGCUUUUGACCGAAAAGAUCUGGUCGUCCCUGGCGAUGUUAUCACUUCAGACACCGGCUUCAUGAGGGGACAUGGUACUUACAUUGAUGAAGACAACCUGACAGCUUCAGUUGCUGGAGAGGUGCAGAGAGUAGAUAAGCUGAUCUGUGUCAGACCGCUUAAGACCAGGUUCAAUGGUGAGGUUGGAGAUGUGGUUGUUGGCAGGAUCACAGAGGUGCAACAAAAACGUUGGAAGGUGGAAACCAACUCCCGGCUGGAUUCUGUCCUCUUGUUGUCUGCAGUAAAUCUGCCUGGAGGAGAGCUGAGGCGACGGUCAGCAGAAGAUGAGCUCACCAUGAGAGAAUACCUUCAUGAAGGCGAUCUCAUCAGUGCUGAGGUUCAGUCUGUCUUCUCAGAUGGAGCCCUAUCCCUGCACACCCGUAGUUUAAAGUAUGGAAAAUUGGGUCAAGGAGUGCUAGUGCAGCUUUCUCCUUCUCUGAUCAAGAGACAGAAAACACAUUUCCACAACCUGCCAUGUGGUGCAUCCAUCAUCCUCGGGAAUAACGGCUUUGUGUGGUUGUAUCCAACACCGGAACAACAGCAGGAGGAGGCUGGGGGCUUCUAUACCAGCCUAGAGCCUGUUUGUCUGUCAGAUCGGGAGGUGAUUUCACGGUUGAGAAACUGCCUAUUGGCUUUGGCUGCACACAAGGUCCUUUUGUUUGACACCAGUGUUCUCUAUUGCUAUGAAUCUUCAGUUCAUCACCAGGUCAAGGACAUCUUGAAACCAGAAGUGAUGGAAGAGAUUGUAAUGUUGACACAACAGAAGCUGUUGGAACAGGAAGGUUAAAGAGCACCUAUCCCAACUAUAAUCUUGUAACAAAACUCAGAUCAAAUCAAGCAGCUAUUUCACACCUCCUAUCUGACUAAACUGGCCUUUUUCAAAGAACCAGUCUUAUCCUGUUGUGCAGUUAAACAGCUCCACAUGUCUUUUAUGUAUCAAAAUUGAUUAUUAUUGUUUGACUGCUUAUGGAAAUGAUGGGUAUUUUGCAGGCUGCAGCAUUCAGUUGUUGAGCAGCUGUUCUUACAUUUUACAGAGGUAUAGUGGAACACUUUUGAUAAUUUGUGGUUUUGUAUAAAAAAACUGUUGUAUGCAAUACAUUUUCUAUAAGUUUCAGUACUUCUCAGUGUUAUGUGUUUUGCUGAAUAAUUAAGAAACAAAGGAAAACAUGUCUUCAUAAUG